AUGGUAACUCUCACUAUUUCAUGUGAUUCUUCGCAAGCAAAUUCUGGUCCAACAUUAGUUCAUUCAACCGGAGUCCCAGGUUAUAAAAUUCCUCCAGAAAUCAUUCGAAUUUUACAAGAAUCGUUCGGAAAUGAAAGAUUGUGCGACGAUGAGCAAGGUGUUUUAUGCUCAGUACCUUCUCAAAGUGUCUUAGCUGCUCUUCGAAAAAAUGGUUUCACACUUGAUAAUCAAACAUCCGAGACUAACAGAGAAUUAUGGACACUUACACAAUCAUCAUCGGGAGAACACCAUCCUCAAGUACCGCGUGAGGAACAUCAUCCUCAGGUACCGCGUGAGGAAAAUCCUAGAGAAGAACAAAAAGAAGAGCCACAAGGGGAAAAUGACGAAGAAAAAGAGGAAGGAGGCGAAGAAGAAGAAGAAGAAGAACAGUAA